GUUGUAUUUCUAAAACGCGAACAAAGCGUUGGUCUCCGCCCCCACUUCCGGUCCAGUUGUCAGUCCACAGUCCUUCAUGGAGCUCGGAGAUCUGCUGCGAUUCACACACUGCGGGAAGACUGUGUUCACACUGGCAGACGCAGCGGGUCUGUGGUGCCCUGUGUGUGGACAGAAAGUACGGUUCGCCCUGUCUGAUGCCCCGGUCCGAAUCCGAAGUCCAAUUAGAGACGGGCACCACGCGAGCUGCUGCUUCCUUGUGACGUCACAGGGAGGUACAGCCAGCCUCAGGCGGGAGGCUGACGUUGCGUGACGGCAGCUGCACUGUAAGCCGGCACUCCGGCGAUUAAGAAGCGAAGCUGCGGCCAUGGAGCGCAGCGUCAUCCGUCUGAGCCACUGCCACAAGGACAUCUUCUGCUUCUCACUACCGGAGGAGUGUCCUGCCUGUGGGGAACGACUGAAGGGAGGCAGGCUUCAGGAGGCGCCAGUCAGCCUGCCCUCCCCGCUGGCUGACGGACACAAGAGCUCCUGCUGCCUCCUCAUCACACCCACUGAUGACAACAUGCGCAGAGACUUUGAAGGAACAUCAGAUCUGCACACUGGCAUCUCCAGCACUUCAGGAGUUGUGUACAACUACACUGAGAGAGGAGUAAGCAGAGAUGUGAGUGGCUGGCAACACUGCGUCAGCAUCCCUCUGGUCAGACCUGACAGGUUCCACCUCCUGGCUCAAUGGGAUCAGUACCUGGACCGCUUCUCAGACGUACCCUUGUGGGACCCUACCUGGCACAGCUUCGACGAAGACAACCACAACUGCUUCAGUUUUUGUCUCCAGUUCAUCAACAGCGUGUUGUCGGUGGAGGGACGACCUCCUCUGACCAGAGAAACGUUCACCCGCACUUUCAUCCUGCCGAGAAUGGCGAGGGUCUCCAAGUACAUGAUGCUGUGCAGACAUAUCGAGAAAGAAUACUUCUAUGUGGUGGACAGACAGGCCGAGGGCCAAGACGAAGCCUGAGUAGGAUGCUAAUGUACAAGACUUAUAUAAUUUUUUUCAGUUUCAACUUUUUA